AAAAAAAAAAAAGAGAGAGAAAAUAUGCCAAGUAAAGAAGAAGAAAAAAGUUGUAUAUACUAUAUAGAAACUCCCGAUAUAUUGGCAUUUUUUGGAUAUAAAAAACCAAUGGCGCUGCUGCUGAGAGUGCCGGCCGCCGUGUCUUUCUCUUGCAAAGCCUCUGCCGCCAAAACCACCAAAUCGGCCCCCAAUUUCCCGGUGGCCACCGCCUCCGCUUCCAUGAACGCGGCUAACAGCAAUCGGAAGCUCCCAGUCCUGCUCUUCGACAUCAUGGACACUGUCGUUCGCGAUCCUUUCUACGGGGACAUCCCUUCCUUCUUCGGAAUGUCUAUGCAGGAACUGCUAGAAUGCAAGCACCCAACUGCAUGGAUGGAGUUCGAAAAGGGGAUGAUUGAUGAGGUAGGUUUAACAAGGCCAGGCUUUGGUAUCGAGUUCCAAAUAUUGGUUUUGCACAUAAUUGCUGCCAGCAAGAGAGCAUCUUUCUGGGUUUCUGAAAUGAAAGAGUUGCUUGAUACUCUAAAGCGGAGAAACUACGAGAUGCAUGCUCUCACAAAUUAUCCUGUAUGGUACGAGAUGAUUGAGGAGAAGUUAGAUAUCUCAGCAUACCUGUCGUGGACCUUCUGUUCCUGCACCAUUGGGAAGAGGAAACCUGAUCCCGAUCUCUACUUAGAAGUUGUGAGACGGCUUCAAGUUGAUCCGGGUCACUGUAUUUUUAUCGAUGACCGCAUCCGGAAUGUAGAUGCAGCAGUUGAAGUCGGCAUGAAAGGUGUACACUUCAAGAAUGCAGAUUUGCUGCAGAAAGACCUUGCUCGACUCGGUGUUGAAUUUGAUGUCCCAAAAGGAUGAUCGUUGGUUGAUUCUUGUGUAAUGGAAGAAACACAUUAAAAACGAGACCACAUUCUUGAUUAUUUUCUUCUGUUUUUCAAGCUUUAGUUCUCAUUUCGUGCCAUUUUGCCAAACUUGCCUCUAUUCAAUGUUCUGGCAGCCAAUUUAUAGGGUUUUAGAGGGAUGUUCUCCCAAGAACUCGUUCUGGUGGCUGGCUAGUUACUUUGUUCCGUAGGUACGCAAACCCGAGAGGUUCUUUGACUGUGUGAGCUUUGAUUUUGGCAUAUAUAUGAUGUUUCGAAUUCUUCAAAGAGAAGUCGGUCGAUUUAGAUUUUUCAA